CUGACGUAAGACAGACAGAGAGAUCGAUUGUUGUAGUUGUACUUGUAGAUAGAAAUGAUUGUAUGAUAACAAACAAGUUGUAUUUCGUAUCAAAUCGAAUAGUAACAGAUGAUGUGCCUUCUACUGCAAGCGCCACAAGGGAGAUUAGUUUUAUUGUGAACCGAGUACAAGCUGUACCUGUGUAUUAUUGAUAGUAUUGUUAUGUUAUUGUGGAGACAUGGAUAAUUUCUUCACGGACUUUACCAAAAAUGACAUGUUCGCGAGCUGGACGCCGCAGCCGGCGCCGGGCGCCGCGCAGCUGCCGGCCGGGCAUGCCACGCCCGCCACACGACCGCCGCAACCACUCGCCAAGCGACCGCCGCGCGACCGAUACUUGCGUAGUGUUGCAGACGGCGAGCCGCCCGCCAAGCGCGCCGCGCCCUCCAUCCGCGUCGGCGCCGGCUUCAAGUGGAACCUGCAGACGCUGGCGGCGGCGGCGGACGCGGUGGAGUGCGGCGGUAAGUCCCCGGUGUCGGCGCUGAACGAGCUCGGCGUGCGCGUGGCGUACUGCGUACUGCGGCAGGGCGGGCCGGCGCACUGUCCCAGCUUCCACGUCGCCGUCACCGUGGCGGACCUCCGCUUCGAGGGCUGCGGACACUCCAAGCGCGAGGCCAGGGCCGCGGCCGCCCGCGCCUGCCUGUCCGCUCUGCUCGCCAGGGCGGGGCGCGUGCUGCCUCCGCCCGCGCCCCCCACAGCGCCCCCGCGCGCCCCCGACUUCACGAGCGACGAGCCGCACAUGUUCCCCCCCAUGUCAGAGUUCCAGUGCCCGGCGCCGAUGCAGUCGCUGCCGCCGGCGCCCGCGCCCCCCGCAUCCCCCGCGCCCCUGGCGCUGCCGAGCACAGAGCUGACCAACGGCACCAGUAAGCCGGUCGAGAUGGCAGUGGACAGCUCGGCCGCUCUGUUCGGCGCCGGGGGCGGGGGCGCGGCGCUGAAGAGUCCCAUCAACGUGUUGUACGAGAACUACUCCGGCCUCACCUUCACCUGCACCUUCGGGGACGGCUCCCCGCUGACCGCGCCGCAGGCGCCGCUGCAGCUGAGUCACAGCAUGCGGUUCAAGGUGGUCUGCCAGGUCAAGGAGCACAAGUUCGAGGGAUACGGGUCGAGCAAGAAGCUAGCGAAGUUGGCGGCGGCGCGCUCCGCCCUGGCCGCGCUGGAGGAGGGCGGCGGCCCGCGGAGCGACCCCCUGCCCGCGCAGCACGGCCUGCACCAGACGCUCGCCGACCACAUCGGCAAGCUCGUCAACGAGAAGUUCAACGAGCUCAUGAAGAACGACGUGGUGCACUCGAAGCGCAAGGUGCUGGCGGGCAUCGUCAUCACGACCGGGGGGCGCGCAGAGGGCGCGCGCGUCGUGGCCGUCACCACCGGCACCAAGUGCGUGUCGGGCGAGCACAUGUCGGUGUCGGGCCGCGCGCUCAACGACUGCCACGCGGAGGUCGCGGCGCGCCGCUGUCUGCAGCGCCAUCUCUACGCGCAGCUCGCGCAGUACGCGCGCGCCGCCGACCCCACCGUGCCCAUCGAGGACAACGACCUCGAGCCGCUGCCAGGCGGCGGCUACCGGCUGAAGCCGUCCCGGCAGGUGCACCUGUACGUGAGCACGGCCCCGUGCGGGGACGGCCGCAUCUUCUCGCCGCACGAGCCGCACCUGGCGGAGCCGGACCGGCACCCCAACCGGCUGGCGCGCGGCCAGCUGCGCACCAAGAUCGAGUCGGGCGAGGGCACCAUCCCGGUGAAGAACUGCCACAACGUGGUGCAGACGUGGGACGGCGUGAUGCAGGGCGAGCGCCUGCUGACCAUGUCGUGCUCGGACAAGGUGGCGCGCUGGGCCGUGCUGGGCCUGCAGGGCGCGCUGCUGUCGCGCCUGCUGCGGCCCGUGUACCUGGCCUCGCUCGUGCUGGGCUCGCUGCUGCACCCGCACCACAUGUACAGAGCAAUCUGCGGUCGUAUCGAGGCGUACCUGUCGUGUCUGCCGCCCCCCUACCAGCUCCAGCGCCCCCUACUGUCGCGCGCCGCCAGCACCGAGGCCCGCACGCCGGCGCGCGCGCCCUCCUUCAGCGUCUGCUGGGUCUGCACGCACCAGCUACCCGAGGUGAUCAACGCGACGACGGGCAAGCUGGAGAGCGGCCAGCCGUCCCUGCUGUGCAAGCAGAGCAUGUUCGCGCGCUGGCAGUACCUGGCGCGCCGCCUGCCGCCGCUGCCGCAGGACGCAGACCUCGACCUGCUCACCGGCGACCAGGACCUGCUCGCCAAGAAGCGGCUGAUCGAGGCGUUCGAGAAGGCGAAGCUAGGAAGCUGGAUCAAGCGCCCGCUGGAGCAGGACCAGUUCGUGUGCGAGCUCACGGACGCCGACCCCGCGCUCCUGUUCACUUAG